AUGUCAGGACAACCCCAUUUACAUACAUCACCACCACCACCGCCAACUACUGCUAGUAUGAAUAGUAACAACUAUAUGACAGUGACAGUACAAAGAGAUUACAAAGAGUAUAUAACUAGGUUUGAAAGAGAACUACCCAAUGAAUUGACGGGCAAGGUGACACAGGGUGAAUUCAACUAUACAAUAGAUAAUAUUAACAAGUUGUUGGCAAGAGCAGAAGACAUUGAUGCUCGUAGUGUCUAUGAAGAAUGUAUAGGUUGUCUUACAUUCUUUUCAAUCUUUUUAUGGUAUAAGGAUAAAUAUUCAAAAUGUGUACACAAGAUUACCAAAUUCAUACAAGAACAAAACAAGACUGUAUAUAAUAACAAAGGCAUAUCAUGGUUGAAUCCAAUGAGCAAUGGAUUUUUAAAGAUUGAGAUUCUGGUUCAAACAUCAUCUCCCUAUCAAUCAAAUAUCUCUCCACCAUUCUCUAGCAGCGCAACUUCUAUCAGUACAUCUACCAUUUCUCCCACCUCUACAAAAUCACUUACAAGUACAGGUAGUACUUGUCAAUCAACUCCAAACAAUAAUAAUAUCCAUGUAAAUAAUAUAAAUAAUAAUAAUAAUCAAAAUCAAAAUCAAAAUCAAAUCAUUCCACCUAUAUCGGCGUCAUCAUUAAAUAGAAAUAAUAAUAAUAAUACCGAAGAAUCAUCAACUAAUAAUAAUAAUAACCAGGCAUCUGGAUCAUCAUCACAUGAAAAACAAACCGAUACAAUUAUAAAUAUAACCAACCAAGAAGAUAGUGAUAGCGAUAGUGACUCUGAUCCAGACUUUUACCAAUCAUCUUUUCCAAGUAGUGGAAAUAAAUAA